AAGUCCUGCUGUGGUGCUAAAGAGCAGGCAGACCGAGGUGCGACGUGGAAGGGCAGAAUGACACCCAUGUAUUUUAUAACAACACCACGAGAACAGACCGUCGGCUCUCAGCAGGAGGUAACGCUGAAAUGUAGCAUGUUGGCAAGCUGACUCGCCUCUUGUGUGGAAGAGAAGUCGUCGUCAUGGACGGAGGGUUGAUUAUCACUUUAAUAUCGGUUGCGAUGUUUGUAGGAUCUUUUUUACUCGGAUUCAUCCCACUGUUGUUUACACUCUCUGAGAAAAGCCUGCAGUUUGUCUCCAUCCUGGGGGCAGGACUUCUGUGUGGGACAGCACUGGCUAUCACCAUCCCUGAAGGAGUGGGCUUACUGGAGGAGUCAUGGAGAGCACCCACCUCCUCUGAUGUGCCAUCUGCUCUGAAUGCCAGUGAAAAAAAUACAACUUCCACAGAGAGAGCCCCCCCACCUCGGUUCUUCAUUGGGGUGUCUUUGACUUUCGGGUUCACCCUCAUGUUUGUAGUGGAUCAGAUCGCGAGCUACUUCUCCAUGCGUGACCAAAGGACUCGCUUGCCUAACAGUGUCGGCAUCACAGCCACGUUGGGGCUGGUUAUUCAUUCUGCAGCUGAUGGAUUUGCUCUGGGUGCAGCUGUGUCCACGGGCCAGGUGACGGUGCAAGUGAUAGUAUUUUUUGCCGUGAUAUUACACAAGGCACCAGCAGCUUUUGGUUUGGUCUCCUUUCUGAUGCAUGCAGGCCUUGAAAAGAAGUACAUUCAGGGACACUUACUGGCCUUUUCAGCUGCAGCACCUAUAGUUGCCAUUGCCACUUACUUCAUAUUACACGCAUCUGGCAGUUCAUCUGAGAAUCAGCUCAGUGCGACGGGUGUGGGAAUGCUCUUCUCGGCUGGGACUUUCCUCUAUGUGGCCACAGUGCACGUUCUCCCUGAGGUCAGCAGCGGCAGGACAGGCCAACCCUCCUCUGACCUCCAGCAGCACACUGGAGUUGAGGCCCACCAGCAGCGACACCUGGGGCUCCUGGAGAGCCUCACUCUCAUCCUCGGGGUCGGGCUCCCGAUGGUGCUGGCUCUCGGGCUGCAUGAUGAAUGAGAAAAAACACAGUGCAAUUAACUUCAGUGCAAAUGGCAUGGUGCCACCACGCCUGAAAGGACAACAGGGAGAACCUGUCUUAUAUACUAUACAGUGUAAACUGGGUAUGGUAUGAUGAUGGAGCAGAUAAAACGUGCCACUGAAGAAAGUUGACCACGGUGUGUUUUUGUCUCUGUGAAACUUGCCUUUGAGUCCAGCUAUUAUUUGUGUAUCAGUUAUGUGUCUCAAGAAUCUGAUACUGUGGCUCAUCUAUUGUCCUCGGUGGACUGAACUUCCAUUCCAAGACUGACAAAAAGGGCGCCAUUUGUUGCCAAGUUUAAAUUCAAUCAACUUUCUCAAGGCCCUUUCAUGGCAUCCCAGUAACUGGAUAGAUUUACAGGAACAACCAAAUAAUCUGAUACUGUCUGUUACCCAAACAAUAAGAGAUCUAGGUCGCACAUUUUUAAAUCAUUUCAUCUUAGUUUGUUUGUAUAGUCAGGUCUUGAAAUCAGGUGCAGACUUUCAGUCUAUCAAUGUGCAAUAGUGCAAAUGACUAGGACACAGGAUGUGCUAUUUUUGUGCAAUCGUAGAAUUUGUUUCAUAGUUUUGAAGCUGAGAGUUUGUAUCAGAACAACUGAUAAAGCCUCUUGGGUGUGAGAUGGAACAUCAGCAGAAAUAUGUAGGUAGUCCAGCAGCUCUUUGCACCUGUAAAAAAGAAUAUGUGGGUCAGACAGAAGCAGGUGGCUGAAAGUAGGUACUGUACACAACUGGGGCUGUCAAGUGGGUAUUUCAUAGAUUGCUUACUGAAUUUAUGCCUGUGUCACUUUUAGAAUCAGAGUUAUCUAGUUUGAAUCACUUCUGCUGUUUCUUCUUUCUUUUAGCAUGUGCAGAUAUUUACAUCUAAUAAAAACAUGUCUGCCCAUGU